UGGCGCUGGGGCGGCGAGCGGUGCCGGCGCUUCCCCGCCCAGGGGGGAAGUGACGCGCCGGCGGCGGCAGCAGCAGGCGGCCGCCCCCCCCCCCCCCCCCCCCCCCGCGCUGUAUGGUGGGUUUUUUUCUUUUUCCCUUUGGGCCACACGUCUCGUCCUCCGGCGGGACGGGAAAUGGCCGCCGAGCCGCGAUAAGGGAGCGAGGCCCCCGGGAGUUCCGCCCUCCAGACAAGAUCUGAAAUGGUCCGAUACACUACUGUGCUCCUUCAGAGACUCAUGCUUGCUGCUGAUGAGAAGUAAAAACUUAAUCUUAUUAAAGCAUAUAUUUUGUAGAAAUUGGAAAUAUCUUGGUCACUACUAGUGAAUGGGAUCAGUAUUGCUGAAAGCACAAAUAGAGAGUUUUGAAAUAAUUGCUUCAUUGGCACCAACUAACAGUUUGAGGAGUGUUUCUACUGGGAAAAAUGGGUCGAUCUAACUCUAGAUCACAUUCUUCAAGAUCAAAGUCCAGAUCUCAGUCCAGCUCUAGGUCAAGAUCCAGAUCACAUUCUAGAAAAAAGAGAUACAGUUCUAGGUCUCGGUCAAGGACAUAUUCACGAUCUCGCAGCAGGGAUCGUGUUUAUUCUAGAGAUUAUCGCAGAGAUUACAGAAAUAAUAGAGGAAUGAGACGUCCCUAUGGUUACAGAGGAAGAGGUAGAGGGUAUUAUCAAGGAGGAGGUGGUAGAUACCAUCGUGGAGGUUAUAGGCCUGUCUGGAACCGAAGACACUCCCGAAGCCCUAGGCGUGGUCGCUCACGUUCCAGAAGUCCAAAACGAAGGUCUGUGUCUUCCCAGAGGUCCCGGAGCAGAUCUCGUCGAUCUUACAGAUCUUCCAGGUCCCCAAGGUCCUCUUCAUCUCGUUCUUCAUCCCCAUACAGCAAAUCACCUGUCUCUUCCAAAAGACGUGCGUCUCUGGAAAAGCAGGCAAAGAAAACUGAAGGGGCUCCUUUGCAAGAUAGUCCCUUGAAAAAUAAAUCACAAGAUGAACAGAAAGAUACAUUUGAACAUGACCCAUCAGAGUCUCUUGACGAUUUUAACAAAUCAUCAGCAGCUUCUGGCGACAUUUGGCCUGGCCUUUCAGCGUAUGAUAACAGUCCAAGGUCACCCCAUAGUCCUUCUAUUGCCACCCCACCUAGUCAGAGUUCAUCUUGCUCUGAUGCCCCUUUGCUUAGCACAGCCCACUCAGCAAAGGACACACCUCAACAUUCCCAUUCCAUUCAGCAUAGUCCUGAGAGGUCUGGCUCUGGUUCUCUUGGAAAUGGUUCUAGCCGUUAUAGUCCUUCUCAGAAUAGCCCAUUGCAUCAUAUCCCUUCGAGGAGAAGCCCUGCAAAGACAAUCCCAUCACAGAGCGCUCCCCGUGAGGAGACUCGAGUGCGGUCAUUUUAUCCUGAGGGUGGCGAACAGGAAACUGCAAAAGGUGGAAAGUUUAUGAAAAGGUACACAGAUGAAGAGUCUAGAGUAUACCUGCUUGAUAGGGGUAAUACCAGGGAGAAGGAGGCCCAGAAGGAGAGAGGAUCAGAAAAAGGGAGGACGGAGGGAGAAAGGGAAUGGGAGGAACAGGAAACUUUAGAUUUUUUCGUUGAUAAAGAGACUGGGAAAGAAAAGUUUAAUGACUCUGAAGGGGAGGACACAGAGGAGACAGAGGAUUACAGACAGUUCAGAAAGUCUGUCCUGGCAGAUCAGGGUAAAAAUUUUCCUACUGCAUCUCACCGGAAUGCUGAGGAGGAAGGAGCCAAAUACAAAUCUAAAAUAUCAAUCAAGGGCAAUAGAGAGAGCGAUGGAUUUAGAGAUGAGAAAAGUUAUAAGCUUAAAGAGACUGGCUAUGUAGUGGAAAGGCCUAGUGCAACAAAAGAUAAGCACAAGGAAGAAGACAAGAGUUCUGAGAGACUAAUGAUGAAGAAAGAAACUCAGUCACCUGAGCAGGUAAAGUCUGAAAAGCUCAAAGAACUCUUUGAUUACAGUCCCCCUCUACACAAGAAUCUGGAUGCGAGAGAAAAAUCUACCUUCAGAGAGGAGAGCCCACUUAGGAUCAAAAUGAUAGCCAGUGACUCCCAUCGUCCUGAAGUUAAACUCAAAAUGGCACCAGUACCUCUUGAUGAUUCCAAUAGACCUGCUUCCUUGACUAAAGACAGGCUGCUUGCUAGCACACUUGUCCAUUCCGUCAAGAAGGAGCAAGAGUUCCGAUCCAUCUUUGACCACAUUAAGUUGCCACAGGCCAGCAAAAGCACGUCAGAGUCAUUUAUUCAGCACAUUGUGUCGUUGGUUCAUCAUGUCAAAGAGCAAUACUUCAAGUCAGCUGGAAUGACCCUAAAUGAGAGGUUCACUGCAUAUCAAAAAUCUACUGAAGAACACUGCACCCGGCAAAAGAGCCCAGAAAUACAUAGGAGGAUUGACAUCUCUCCAAGUACCCUGAGGAAGCAUACCCGUUUAGCAGGUGAAGAGAGGGUCUUUAAAGAAGAAAGUCAAAAAGGAGAUAAAAAAUUAAGGUGCGAUUCUGCUGAUCUUCGGCAUGACAUUGACCGACGUAGAAAAGAGCGAAGUAAAGAGCGAGGAGACUCAAAGGGUUCCAGGGAAUCCAGUGGGUCAAGAAAGCGGGAGAAAACUCCAAAAGAUUACAAGGAUUACAAAUCUUACAAAGAUGACAGUAAACAAAAAAGAGAUCAAGACCGUGCUCGGUCCUCCCCAUCUUCCUCCCCAUCUUCUUCCUCAUCCAGUUCUCGAGAAGAAAAGGAUUGCAAGAAAGAGAGAGAUGAAGAGUUCAAAACCCACCAUGAACAGAAAGAAUACUCUGGUUUUGCAGGAGUCAGCAGGCCAAGAGGCACCUUUUUUCGAAUUAGGGGCAGAGGAAGAGCCAGAGGAGUCUUUGCUGGAACAAAUACUGGUCCCAGCAACUCAAAUACUACUUUUCAGAAGAGACCGAAGGAAGAGGAAUGGGAUCCUGAAUAUACCCCAAAAAGCAAGAAAUACUUCUUGCAUGAUGACAGAGAUGAUGGUGUGGACUAUUGGGCCAAAAGGGGAAGAGGCCGUGGUACUUUCCAGCGUGGCAGAGGGCGUUUUAACUUCAAAAAGUCAGGUAGCAGUCCGAAGUGGACACAUGACAAAUACCAAGGGGAUGGAAUUGUGGAAGAUGAAGAAGAAACGAUUGAGAAUAAUGAAGAAAAGGACAGACGCAAAGAGGAAAAGGAGUAACCCUGGAAGAAAGUUGUAGCUGAAAGAGCAGCUCUUGCACCACCCACCCAACAUUUUUAAUAUGUUUUUUUGUUGUCAAAUGAAUGUAAGCAUUUUACUUAAAUUUUACUGUUGGAAAGUAGUUUAGAGGGAUUGUUUUUGUUUUAAGCCUUUAGAAAAAAAAUCUUGAUAUAGUAAACUAUGUUAAUGAUCGUACAGGUAGAAAGUAAAAUAUUUGUAACAACUUUUAAGAAAUUUUACUGUUUGUUAUAUGCAGUGUAAUUCUGCUUUGUCCAAAUAUAUGGUCAAGUACAACUCUAAAAGUUUUGAUUCUCCCCUAUGUCUGUGUUUUAUUCUGAAGUAAACUUACAGUUCUGCACACCUGAAA